GCUCCUCCCCCGCGAGAGACGGAAGGGAAGCUGGACUAAGAGGCCGCUCCCACGGAAGCAGGAAGGAGCUGCUCUCUCUCUGUGUGUGUGCGUUUAGUGUGUGUGUAAGUCAUCAAGGCCGGUGCGGUUUUCCAAAAAGUGUGCAAGGGGAAGGGAGGCUGCUUCUGCUCGCUUGCCGGGAAGCCAGCCUCUUGGCUCUCUGCUCUGGAUCUUCUCCCAAAUGUGGGGCCUCUCCCUGAAGAGAGACGCUGCAUUCCCUGAGGUGGAAGGAGCUUCCUUGGCGCAGAGGCAGAGGGUACAGGCCCAAGUGGGUGCCCAAGCUGCCCUCUCCCGUGCGAAAAAAGCCAGAAGUAUAAGAGACACGUUGGCAGACAAAGACAACAGCCUUGCAUCCGAAGAAAGGCUGGAGAGCUUCUCAAGAGGAUCUCAAGAACGUAUUUCCUUCCCAAAUGAACCAGCUGAGACAGAGGAUGACCAGAGAAGUGAGGAGGGUGAGGAACCAGAUCAGGUUACAAAUGAUGACUUAAGAGAAAACAUCAGGAAUCAAGGCAGGCCUAAGAGAAAGAAAGGCAGCCGUUUGGUUGAGAAGAGAAAUGGAAGACUGCAGAAUGCACCUUUUCCAAAGCAGAGCAUAAUGAAGGCAAGGAUAUCCCUUCAGUGUGGGAAGUACUGCAAAAACAGAUCACAGCUCCUUGUGUGCCAGAGACUACAUAGAGGCGAGAAAUCGUUUGAAUGCUCGGUGUGUGGAAAGAGAUUCAGUUGGGGUGGCACUCUUCAGCUUCACCAAGAAACCCACAGAGGGGAGAGAACUGUUGAAUGCUCAGACAGCGGAAAGAGAUUCAAUUGGCGCAGCCAUCUUGAACUGCAUCAGGGAACCCAUGCAGGGGAGAAACCUUUUGAAAGUAUAGAGUGUGGAAAAAGAUUAAGCCAGAGUGGCCAUCUUGAAGAACAUCAAAGAACUCACACAGGGGAGAAACCAUUUGAAUGUUCAGAGUGUGGAAAGGGAUUCAGUUUGAGUGGCGAUCUUCAGAAACAUCAGCGAAUCCAUACAGGGGAGAAACCUUUUGAAUGUUUUGAAUGUGGAAAGAGAUUUAGUAGGAGUAGCCAUUUUCAAGUGCAUCAGAGAACCCACACAGGGGAGAAACCUUUUGAAUGCCUAAUGUGUGGAAAGAAAUUCAGUUCAAAUGGCGAUCUUCAAAGGCAUCAGAGAACCCACACAGGGGAGAAACCUUUUGAAUGUUUGGAAUGUGGGAAAAGAUUCAGUAGGACUAGCCAUCUUCAACUGCACCAGAGAACCCAUACAGGGGAGAAACCUUUUGAAUGCCUAGAUUGUGGAAAGAGAUUCAGUUCCAGUGGCGAUCUUCAACUGCAUCAGAGAACCCACACAGGGGAGAAGCCUUUCGAAUGUUUUGAAUGUGGAAAGAGAUUCAGUAGGAGUAGCCAUCGUCUGCUGCAUCAGAGAACCCACACAGGGGAGAAACCUUUUGAAUGCUCAGACUGUGGAAAGCGAUUCAGUCAGAGCAGCCAUCUUCAACUGCAUCACAGAACCCACACAGGGGAGAAACCAUUUGAAUGCCCUGAGUGUGGAAAGAAAUUCAGUUGCAAUGGCGAUCUUCAAAGGCAUCAGAGAACUCACACAGCAGAAAAACCUUUUGAAUGCUCAGAGUGUGGGAAAAGAUUCAGGUUGAAUUGCUAUCUUCAAAAGCACCAGAGAACCCACACGGGGAGAAACCUUUUGAAUAUUCAGAGUGUGGAAAUAGAUUCAAGUUGAGCGGCCAUCUUCAGUGGCAUCAGACAAUCCACACAGGGGAUAAGUACCUUUUUGAAUGCUCAGUGUGAGAAAGAGAUUCAGUCAGCACGGCCAUCUUCAACUGCACACACACACAGAAGGGAAAAAAAAACUACAAGGAGAAGUAAUGUAACUGUUUAGCCUGAUCAAAGAGCUUUUCUCUUAUUUCCCAUCUGAACCCACCACAGACCAAAUAAAGCACUGGCACUAUAUAAACUUUUGUAGAAAGCAUGAAUCCACAUAGAAAUCUUACUGUAACCAGGAAGAAAUGUUAAAAAUGUUCAGACUAUGGAAGGAGCUUUAGCCAUGUUUGAAGCCCUCAAAUUCACGCCACCAUCCCCCAUGGCAUUAAAAGGACAUCAUGCUUUUUUCCUGCCAGGCAGACGGCAACCCUAGAUUACAUAUUUCUUUAUGAAUCAGAGAAAAAACUCAGUUAAAGAACGGUCAUAGCUCAUUAAAGGGAUUAUUAUUAGUCUUGGGUAAAUCAAACUUUGUGUUUUCAGUGCUUUGUGGAGGUAUUUUUUGAGUUGGACUUCAUUAAAUGUGUCAAAAGAUA